AUGGAUUACGAAGCCUUUUAUUUGGGAGAUUACUUUCUAUGGAAGACAAAGCUAUCUGAUAAGUUCUCCACACUGACUGAUGACGAGGUGUCCGUGUUAUUCUGUUUUCUGUGUUCUGACUCCGGCCCUCCUGACUUCACCGACACAGAGUGGCUGGACAUGCUUAAUGAGAUACUGCAGUUAGUGUACCGUAAAUAUAAUCCUGUAACAAGUGAGGAAGCACAGCAGACUCUGGACAGACUGAAGUCACGUGAUUACCUUUGGGAAGAUCAGGACAAGAUCACCAAGGACACAAAGGAUGAGACAAUGUAUAGGAUAAAAUCAAAAAACAGUAUUAUACCAUUCUGGUACAGUAGUUAUGAUACAGCCCGUGUGUACCUGAGAUCAUGGGAAUACAACAGAAAACCUGGAGAGAAGUGUGUACGUAAUUUUGGCUGUGAUUCCUUACUGAUACUCCGACUACAGAUGAACAUACUGACUCACGUCAUCAUGGAGGACACGAAUAUAUAUGAUGAGAUAUACCAGAUAUUGAAUAUUCCAGAACAUAACGUAAAGAGCAACAGAGAUGAACGCGAAGAAUUUCUAAUGGAUCUAAGAGAAAGACGGGAGGCUGUCCAUUACAGAGGAAGAUCACAGGACAGUGUAGAUCACGUGACAUGGCUCUGGAGAUACGGGAGACCUGACAUCGUGAGAUCCUGUAUAGGCCUCCAUCCACACAAUGACAUUUACAUCAUCGACAACAAAUCUUGUAAUAAACCAACUAAAUACCAUAACUACCCACCAGAAGUCAGAUGUCUACUGUACUGCUUACUGUUAGCUGAGAAAUAUCAACUGAAUCUCAAUGAACAAUCACACAGAAUCAUAAGGGACAAAAUCAGAGACAGAUAUUUCACUGAUAUUACUGAUGACGUCUUGGGAGAUCUUCCUGAUGGAAUCACAGAAACUCGUGACGGUGUGAUAACCUUUAUAUCAGACGAUAUCCGACAUGACGUCAUGUACGCCUUUGUUACGGAGUGUAUGGUGGAGAACAGUGAUCUGAAGUUUUUCCUGACCACGGCGUCACGUGACGUGAUAUCAGAAUACUGCAGGUCCUGGGAUUAUAAGAGGAGUGAGGGAGAGAGAUGUCUGUAUGUACCGGACUAUCCGGAGAAGAUGUACGACCUCUUCAUAGACAAACUACAGCUGGACAUCAUCACACACUGUACCGUGUCUGACGGGAGGAUUCAUGACAGUAUCAGUAAACGUUUUGGAGUCCCUAAGGAAGUACUAGAAUGGGAGCAGGAAGCCAGAGAGCGGUAUGUGGAGUACGCUAAGAGAGGAACACAGACAGUCCACCAUGCCCGGGGGAUGAUCGUAGGAUGUGCUGGGGCGGGGAAAACUACCCUACUUAAACGUCUCCUCGGUUGUAGUGAAGAAGAAAUUAAGGAAAUAAAAUCUACUGAGGGAUUGGAGGUGCAUGAGGAAAUGUUCGAUAUAUGUGAUAAAACAAAAUCAUUAAAAGCACGAAAAAUAAACCAAGACGAUCAAAAUGGAAAAAGUUAUGCUAAAAAUGUUGACGCUAAGACUCUGAGUUUCUUUGACUUUGGAGGACAGUGUGCGUACUACGCCUGUCACCAGAUUUACCUGACCAGGAGAGCUUUCUAUGUUGUGGUGGUGGACGCCUCUAAACGUCUUGACCAGAAGGUGGACAGGGAAGUAUGUGAUCAAGAUGGGAGCGUUUUCUCUGGAUGGACGUAUGGAGACUAUUUUGUAUUCUGGAUAAAGUCUAUACAUACCUAUUGUGGUUCUGACAAUGAAAAAGAUCCUAAGCCCACAGUUCUAAUUGUUGCAACUCACUGGGAAAAAGGAAACAGACAAUAUAAGGAUAAAGAUGCCCUUUUGCACAGUUUGCAACAACAAACCCCUAAAGAGUCUAAUUUAUCACAGUACAUAGUGGAGAAAAAAUGUUACUGCACACGUUUUCCUGUCCAAACACUUCAUGAUCUACAACAACAUAUUUUUGACAUAACAUCUCAUAAGCGAUGGAAGGAAAGCAUUCCUAAAGAGUGGGCCUUCUUUGAAAUACAAAUAAAUCGGCAGAAAAAAUGGGACAAGAUUUUAGAUAUUGAUGACUUAAUGAUAGAUCCUACUGAUAACGCUGAAGUAGAAGAGGAGAAUCCAAGAGAGGAAUUAAAAUCAAAGAUUGAUAUGUUACGAUACUACCAUGACGCAGGAAAGAUUCUUUACUUCAAUGAGAAGGAUCUUCAAGAAUAUAUCAUUAUUGAUGUUCAGUGGUUUAUUGACGCUUUUAAACUCAUCAUCACUGACACACUUCAUUUUAAAGGUAUUGCUGCUGCACAGCUGGAUUGGAAUGAGUACUACAAGACAGGGCAGUUAAGGGAUGAACUUCUAACAGAGAUCUGGAAACAUGAAGAUGAUCAGUUGAAAGAACAAUUGGUGGAAGCAGAUUCUGACGAUCUUGACUCCGACAUUGAGGAUGAUUCUCGAUAUCUACUUUAUCACAAAGAAGUACUACUCAAUUUCAUGCAAAGACUUGGCUUGAUGGCUGUUGGUGAAGAAUCCCACUAUGUUCCAUGCAUGAAUCGUAAAGAAAUAGAGACUGCUGUUUCAGACCUCAUUCAUAGAUCGGAGAAAACAUCUAUACAAUUACAGAUAUAUCACCCUGUUCCAGGAUGUUCGUUAGAAAAGGAUAAAACUUACAGCAUUCAGAGUAUCAUAGAGGGAGACCGUUCCUGUUUGAAAGAAAACUCAGUACCAACAGUGUUCGAGUUUCGGAAAAGCAUCACUGAUGAGUCCCCAAGAGCAAAGCGUUACAAAAGCAGAGGUGCAUCUGAUGAUCUAUCUGUGCAGCCUGAGCUUGGCAGCUUAGAUUUUCAAAAUGAAACUGAAGUUACAACAUGUACACAUGGGAUGAUGGAGGAAAAUCGAAAACCAGAACAAAAUUGUCCCAAAUGUGAUGAGGAAAUUCAAUCAAGUGACCGACAAAUCAUUGAGAAGUCAUCUUUGCUAGAUCCAACCAUAAAAUUAUUUGACAAGAAAGACAGCAUCAUGACAGACAGAGGAAUCAUGGUGCAAGAUUUGUUUGCCUGCCAUGAUGUUGCUGUCAAUACACCAAUCUUUUUAAAGGGAAUUCUAUUGUACACAAAAAUGCAAAGGCUUGCAGAGUGUCCAGAACUUAUCAUUUCAUGA